AUGGCCAAAUCAUUCAGAUGCCUAGACUGUGGUGAUGUGAAAAAGUCAAAGUCAGAUAUAAAGAGACAUAUUCAGACUUUCCACGUUGAGAAGAUCAAAUGCCCACUCUGCAACAGGUUUUUUAACCGACUCGAUAAUUUCAAAAGACAUCUCCCUAGCCAUCAAGUUGAUAGAGAAGUUAAAGACCACAUCAUCAAGAGCAUCCGCGUGGACGAUAUCAUUAAACACUAUCAGGUGUUGGACCCACGCAAUUACCUUUGUCCAGCAGUCACCGAAAGUUACCCCUGUGUAUUCCAUUACAUAGAGUCUCCGAUGUAUAUGGAAAAUUUCCCUAACCAACAGAAUUACCAAGUACAGCAAAAUUCAAUGCUGAUGAAUUUUCCUAUGGGUUACUACGAGCCAGGACCUUUGGAUGGCAUGGAUGAUCUCACGGAGCUAGCUGGGUUUGAGAAUUUUAUCUUCCAAAACGGAUGGCCAAUGAGAGUGGGGGGAGGAUAUGAUCCUUGGAAUGAUACUCCAGAAUGGCCAAUGAGGAUGUAA